CCCCGCCGCUUCUCUGUGCUCCCCCGGCUCCCUGCGGCCCCCGUCUGAUUUACAGUAAAUGAAAGACGUGCCGCGCUCCGGGUCUGUCAGCGAGACCACAGUGCGCGGCCGCGGUGACUCAGAUUUGUUUUCCUUCAAACCAAGUGACUCUGAGAGUGUCCUUAGUAAUGUCGCGUGUGGUUUUGGUGGGGAGUUUUAAUUGUGCUUGGAGAUCUCAUGGCAGAUCUCUGUCUUUCCUGCGGAUGACUUCAGAAACAGUCGGGAGGCCGGCUCCGCUCGCUGGGGCCCCCGAGGUUCCUCCGCGGAUCGCCUCUGGCCGCGGCGACAACUUCUCGCCCUUGGCCGGGGGAAGCGACCCCUGUGCGGGGGCUGAGCCCCGCGCCCGGGCUGCAGCACUUGUUCUUCGUGAUUGCAAAACUGGACCUGACUCACCACAUUUGUGCAGUGAAAGAGGCUGACCCUUUCCGUUCAUACAGGAAACCUUGAGCUCUCGAUAGGAGUAAAUCUGGUUUCAGAAGCUGUUAAGUGUUUUCCUGGCCGCCUGAAGCAGGCUCUUCCCCGGGAGUCGUGCACAUUGCUGAUUACUUUAUCGACAUCCUCAAUACAGACAAAUUCAGGAAACACUCGACUUCUGAUAGCCGGGAUCCGUUUUUCUGAUAUUGUUCAUUUCCUCUGUGUGGGAUGUGACUUUAUGACAGCUAAAAUAACCAGUUGCUUCCUAUUUUUUGAGCCUGUUUUGCACCAGAAUUACUAAAGCCUGACGCAAGCAAAAUCUCGAAAAACAAUGCAGCAAAUUGCAAAGGGUGCAGGCAGAAAGACAAACAGCGUGACUCAGUGGCACUGGCCGGAGCUCCUGCCCCGGGACGCGGCCGCGGCUCCGCAGCGGGGCCGGUUCCCCGGCGUGUCGCUGCCUGCGCCCCCCGGCCCGGGGCCGAGCCUGGCGGGCACCCCGCGGCCUCUGGAGGGCAAACCCCCAGCCGAGGGUGGGGACACGGGGGCUCUUCUUCCUAGAGGCCCAGUGCCCUCCUGUUGGCGCAUCACCCCUGCCCAGCCCCGCGAUGUCCCCACUUUCCGCAGGGAGCGGGCACUGGCUCAGACAGUUUCUUUAGGGCAUCGCGGUGAAAGAGCAGAAGGAAGCAAAGGGAAGCCGCUGCUGUGGAGCCCCUUCAUCCAGCGGCCGCUGCACAAGAGGAAGGGGGGGCAGGUCCGCUUCUCCAACGACCAGACCAUCGAGUUGGAGAAGAAGUUCGAGACGCAGAAAUACCUCUCCCCACCGGAGAGGAAGCGCCUGGCCAAGAUGCUGCAGCUCAGCGAGAGGCAGGUCAAAACCUGGUUUCAGAAUCGCAGAGCCAAAUGGAGGCGUCUAAAGCAGGAGAACCCCCAGGCCACCAAAAAAGAAGAAGUAGAAAGUGCUGACAGUCACAGUGACCAAAGGCCGGAGAGCUGCCAGAGCCCCGAGCAGAAGGGUAAGGAGGUCUCUCUGGAUGGCUCACAGUACACCCCCUCCCCAGCCUCACAGGAGGACCUGGAGUCAGAUGUCUCUGAUGACUCUGAUCAAGAAGUGGACAUUGAAGGCGAUAAAGGCUAUUACGCUGCUGCCCACUAACAGUCCCACGCAGAGAGCGCACCCCAGCUCGGCUUGCACUUUACCAGGGGCUGGUUUGAAAGAGUAUUGUGCUACAGGAGAAAACUUUCACCGUUACACUGAAAGAAAAAAACAUCACCAAAUAGACUAAUUUUGUAAUGAACAGAGAAAGAAAGAUGUAUUUUCUGGAAACAGUUCAGUUUUGGCAUCUCUAAUUUGGUUAAAGGACCGUGGUUUGUAUUUAAUUAUUUGUAAGAUAUGUUUGUACAAUAAUCUAUGUUCUAACUGGAAUAUAAUCCUGCACCCUGUCCUUACUCAUAGUGGUGGAGAGAGUCUGAAUCAGCUGCUGUCAGUGAUCAGGCAAAACUCUAGUGUGGAAGUGAGUAUGGAUUGCAGGAAUAAGCCCUUUGUAUGUGUAAACAAACUUACUUUAAAUAGAUUAAUUUAAACGCCCUUUGUAAGCAGAGAAACAUGUUCUGUGAAAUAGGGAGGGAUUUGACCAUCCCGAGAAGUGCCUUAUGCUCACACCCUUUUAUGUGCCGUGGUGCUCUCUACUGAGACAUCCCUCCAUUUGUCAGGUAGAGUUGUGGGACAGAUUCCUUUUUCUUCUUGUGUGAGAUGAAAUGUGCCUUCUCAGAUUUUGGAGAAUUUUGCCAUUUUUGUUUGGAUGGUUCCGUUUGCAGAAAAAAAUUUUUUUCUCCUUUAAAAUCUCAUGGACUGUUUUUUAUGAAUUUCAGAUUAGAGAAGAAAAUUCAGGGAGCAAUAGGGCUCUGCUGCAGGACAGAAACUGGUAUUAGCUGCAAGGGUUUAAGUGAGGCACACAGCCAUGGGAAGAUGAUGCCUGUCGUACACGUAUCUGCUUCUGUACAUACUAGUUUUCUUUAAAAGUCUUGUGGUUUUUAUACCUCACCUUGUUCAUAUUUUGUACAUAUUUGUUCAGUGUUAAAAAAAAAGGCAAAACCUGGUAUUUAAUUUUUGAUGGACAUAUCUGUGAAAUAAACCUAAACUCUGCAACACUC